CUGUCAGCGCCUGUCAUAAAGUCUGGAGAUUUCGCUUCCGGCCUCCAGAGAAUCUACUCUUUCCCAGGAACUGCAAUUCUUCUUUGUGAAUGAAACUCCUUAGUUGAUUGUGGAUCUUGUUGGGAGUUGCUUGGUUGACAAAAUACUGUUGUGAGCCUGCAUCUUUUUUCCUCGACAAGCCGGCUAAGUGUGGAAUCCCCCGGGACCCAACUUGGGUUGGAGCCAAGCAGGGAUGCCCUGGCUCGCUUUGAACCCUUUUCCCCACCCCCGGAUGAAAUGGACUCCGGAUCCCUCCUCUCUUUCCGACGACCAUCGCUUGAUACCACUUCUUCGGCCCUCAAAGGUGCCAUCCAGCUGGGGAUCACACACACGGUGGGCAGCCUGAGCACCAAGCCCGAGCGAGAUGUCCUCAUGCAAGAUUUCUACGUUGUUGAAAGCAUCUUCUUCCCCAGCGAAGGUAGCAACCUGACCCCGGCCCACCACUACAAUGACUUCCGCUUCAAGACUUAUGCCCCAGUCGCCUUCCGCUAUUUUCGUGAGCUCUUCGGGAUCCGGCCAGAUGACUACCUGUGUUCCCUCUGCAGUGAGCCCCUCAUUGAGCUCUCCAACUCCGGUGCCAGCGGCUCCAUCUUCUACGUCUCCAGUGAUGACGAAUUCAUCAUCAAAACUGUUCAGCACAAAGAGGCUGAAUUCUUACAGAAGCUACUGCCCGGUUACUACAUGAACUUGAACCAAAACCCCCGAACCCUGCUGCCUAAGUUCUAUGGCCUCUACUGCGUCCAGGCUGGGGGCAAGAACAUCCGGAUCGUGGUGAUGAACAACCUGCUUCCCCGCUCAGUCCGCAUGCACCAAAAGUACGACCUGAAGGGCUCCACUUACAAGCGACGGGCUUCGCAGAAGGAGCGCGAGAAGGUCUUCCCCACCUUCAAGGACCUGGACUUCAUGCAGGACGUCCCUGAGGGGCUGUUCCUGGACGCCGACAUGUACAGCGCCAUGUGCAAGACCCUGCAAAGGGACUGCUUGGUUUUGCAGAGCUUCAAAAUCAUGGAUUACAGCUUGCUGGUGGCCAUCCACAACCUGGACCAGGCUCAUCGGGAACAGGCCGUAGUGGACGGGGCCUCGCAAGCAGACACUCGCCGGCCGGCGGCCCAGAAAGCCUUGUACUCGACGGCCAUGGAGUCCAUUCAGGGCGAGGCGAGGAGAGGCGGCACCAUCGAGACUGAUGACCAGAUGGGAGGGAUUCCCUCACGGAACGCCAAAGGAGAGCGGCUGCUGAUCUACGUGGGGAUCAUAGACGUCCUGCAGUCAUAUAGGUUCAUUAAAAAGCUUGAGCAUUCGUGGAAAGCACUCGUUCAUGACGGGGACACGGUGUCGGUCCACAGGCCUAGCUUCUAUGCAGAACGGUUUCAGCGCUUCAUGUGCAACGUGGUGUUCAAGAAGAUCCCUUUAAAAUCGUCUCCUUCGAAAAAAAGCCGGUCGGGCGCAGCUCCCCCUCGGCGGCCAGGCCAAGCCGGACCCCCUUCCCAGGCCCAAGGCCUAUGCGAAACCAAAGUGCAGGUCACGAUGGAGGCUGAUAUUGAGCCAGGUUCCCAGCUGGGCCGCCCCGAUCUUCUCCCCCGGACUCCCCCCGUCGAGGAAGCCAACAGUGACUCUGCCGCCACCACUUUAUCCACCUCUUCUCUUGGGAGCCGGGGACACAAUUCACCAGCCAACAGGUCAGAGAAAGAAGACUUGCUCUGUUCAGACAACUUGUCCGUGGAGGUAGCUAGCUCAGCAUGCUUUCAAUGCUUCUCCAGGACCCUCCGCAACAGGACGGCCGUCUGAGCUUACAGAGCAGUUUGAAGAUUUGCCGGAGACGGAGAUCAGCUUUUGAAUGAGUGAGGACUGGCUCCUUCCCCAGACCUCCUUUUUCUUGGAUACAAGCGGAAGACUUUCUCUGCAACAAAUCCGCCACUGAAUCCCUCUCCGGCGGCUGAGACCUUAGACCUCAUCCAAUUGUGGUUUGGGGCCUGAACAGACGACAAGGCUCUGCCACGUUACACGGGGGCUCCUUUGAGACCUCCCCACCAGGGCAAAGGAAGCCUAUGCCCCAAUUGUGGGGGGGCUUCAAGAGGCCCUGAUUCGUGGCCGGAAACUCAAGGAAGCGGAGCAUUCGAGCAGAGCUCGAUUCGACGCCACAAACUGCCUCUUCAUUCCAAGUUUGCUCUGCUGGUUGGAUUUAACAGGGUGGGGGUGGGGGUUGCAAAGGUGAACAAUCUCUUUUCAUUUAAAAAAAAACAUAUUUAAACCACUUCCCCCUUUCCCCCAAAUUGCCAUAUCAAGGUAUUAUAUUUUUAUGUUAACAAUCUUAGGUCAAGGUUUUGAAGCGACGCACCAAGAAGGCCUCUCGUCUAAGGGGAAAAGGCUGCACCUUUCCAACAUGAAUUAUUUUUUAAAACAGUGUAGUUCUCAGCCUCGCCAAAAAUCACCACCUCAUCCUUUUGAGAAUGCCACCCUCUCUGUCUCUCUCUAUAUAUAUCACAGACUUGGUUGGGGUUCUAAAACUGCACCAAUAUGUGCACAGUUUUGUCAAAGACAGUUACGACGCCCUUUGAGUCUUUUACACACGGACCAAACGUUUUUUCUUCUUAGGAUAGGAAGGCUCUUCCCUUCUUUUCCAUUAUUAAAGCCUUGUAAGGCCUCCUUUUCCUUUGAAAAAAUAGCGCAGAUCCUUUCAAGUCUUUUCAGUUCUUAUUCUCUUCCUCUCCUUUCCAUCUAGUUUGGGUUUUAUUCUUUUAGUGAUGCACUUUGGUUUUUAAUUGCCACUUGUUUGGACGGCAGCGUUGUUUGUUUUUAUGCGAAGGAUGUGCAUUGUGCCGAGACAUUGUUUAAAAAUAUUUUUUCAGAAUCUAAACUUAGCUUUUUCCCCCAUGAGAGAAUGUCUAUUUCUCUCUCUUUCCUUUCUUUAUUAAAUAGGAGGAAAAAAAAUAGCAUUUUCCUCCCUUCAUAGUUUUAGACCUAUUUUUGGCCUAUGAACCCAACAAGAAGCAAAAUGUUAGUUGUAUGGUGAGACAUUCCCCCUCUUUCUCAUAACUUUCUACAUCUAGCUGAGACCCUGCCUUUCUUCUGGGAUCUAAACUUGAAGCAAAAAGGCGGUUGCUUUGGUUUAAAGAAGGUCAAAAGUGUCCCCUUGUUGACGUUUAAAUCUCUUUGAGGGUUUUACCAUCGAUGGGGUGACGCUGCUUAUUAUGGCUGGCUGUUACUGAGCAUUUCAGGCAACUUCCGAAGACAAAUCAGUGUCCAAACCUGUUGUGGACAUAAACAAUGAACUUAACGCUGAAAAUGGACAGUGAAGAACAGGGUACUCCAGGUCUAUCUUUAAAACUGGGUUAAGAAAUCAGGAACUGUGGACUGUGCCCUGGGCAUUUAUGGGUCUUUCUAUUUCUAGUUGCAGUGUUUUAGGAGAGAAACACACACUGCAUCCAAGGAAGAAACUUAGUUCUCUCCUUGUGACUUUUUCAAUAGCAGACAAUAAUUGGAGGAUACUUUCCCAACUUGAAGACACAGCCUUUCCCCUUGGUUGCCCCUCCGAUUUUACGAGAAUCAUUUAAGUAACUUGUCUAUAUUAGACACCUGCGAACUCUUCCAAAACGUCCCCACAAUUCUCUAUAUUUUUGUCCUGUGCGAAAGGGGAAAACAAAGCAAAUUAUCUCGCAGUUUGGCUUUUGGGGGUUAUAUAUAUAUUUUUUCUCGCUCACAAUGUAAACUAUUUAUGAAGUUUUAUUUAAGUGUAUUCAAGGAGGGACAUUAGCUCUUUGAAGAUGGAGGCAGGCUUUUUUCUUACAGCGGAUCAUUGUAUGCCUUGCUUUGGAAGGUUUUCAAGGAGAUGGCAAGUGGAGAUGAGUUUAUUUUGCAAAAAACAAAAACAGACUCGGGUUCAGUUGCAUAGUUCCUCAUCAAAGGAGCAACACCGGAUUUGAAUUGGGAGACCCUUUGAGUUUUCAAAGAGUUAAGGAUGGGAAUCGGAAGCAUUGCAGAGCCGGAUCCGUGGCUUGUUCUUCCGGAGAAGCAGUCGGGAGUGUGAACGUUCAUCGCAAUGUAUUGUGUCGUGGAUUUCCGUCACUUGGACUUUUGUGUUGCUGCCUCUUCUUUUCUUUUUCCCGUUUGCUGCUGGUUCGAAUGGAUGGGGAAUCCUGCUCCCUUAGAAAACAUCCGUUUUAUCGGCCUUGCCAUUUGCGGUAUGCAUCUCCGUUCAAUAAAGCUCUUUUUGGUUCUUUUUC